CCUACCUUAGGUACCUAAGGUAGGUGAUUAACCUUCCAAGUCGGCAAAGCUGCAAACAACCUGACAAGAGAGAGUUGAAUAACCAUCCCGAGUGGACUCACACCCAGCGUACUAGCACGCCCGAACCGUCGUCGUCUUGUCCCAGCUCGAGCAACCGGUCCCCGCCUACGCACGUCGUCACGUCCUGCUUGCAUGGGCCGUCUCGUCUCCACCUGCAGUCCAUCAUGCUUGGCUGCCCCGUUCUCCCCGUCUUCCCCGUUUUCCCCGUGUUUUACGCCUGCUUCUUCGUCCGGCCCAUGCUCUCUUCUCUAUCUUCUUCGCACGCACCUCGCACACAGCCUGUAUGGGGAUACACGACGAUGCUACCGUAGGCACCGCAAACCCCCCCUGUUUCCCCGUGAACACUCGUUUGCGACCAGGGUAGCUAUUCCGCGCACAGAAUGCCGAGCCAGAGACCACGACGAGCCAGCCUACGCAAGCACCCGCCCGUGCUUACCAGCGUCUAGAGGGAGUGGUCGUUGAAGUUCCGCGAGCUGCGAGAGCAGAAGAGGGGGAGGGAACAUCGACGAAGAAUAAGUAGAAGAACAAGGGGACAGGGAGAGGGAGAGAGGUAGAGGGAGGGGGGUUUCGAUUUUCCAUCUGUACAGCGGUCGGUGGAUGUCGAAACCCUCUCGCCCCCUCCCCCCCCUUCAUCUGCUCUCUCUACGUGGUGUAUCCCCGCGCCCGCUCCAAGGUGUACAUGGCAUAUACAUGGAUGUCGGGGAAGAGGUACCUGGCAAUGUAGCUAUGGCAGGCAAUGCGAUGCCUACUAUGCCCGUGUAUACCACGUCCAAUGGCUGUCCCGUCGAACAUCCCUCCAAGUGGCAGCGUGUUGGCACCUACGGUCCCCUCCUGCUCCAGGAUUUUUACCUGAUCGACCUUCUCGCCCACUUCGAUCGCGAGAGGAUCCCUGAGCGUGUUGUCCACGCUAAGGGCGCAGGCGCCUACGGCGAGUUUGAGCUCACCGACGAUAUCAGUGAUAUCUCUUCCAUUGAUAUGUUAACUGGCGUUGGCAAGAAGACGCCAUGUAUCGCCCGGUUCUCUACCGUCGGUGGUGAAAAGGGGUCGGCCGACAGCGCCAGAGAUCCCCGAGGAUUCGCCAUCAAGUUCUAUACACAGGAGGGCAACUGGGACUGGGUCUACAACAACACUCCCAUCUUCUUCCUCCGAGACCCCUCCAACUUCCCACUGUUCAUCCAUACCCAGAAGCGUCAUCCUCAGACCAACCUGAAGGACGCCACCAUGUUCUGGGAUUACCUCUCUACCCAUCCAGAGUCCGUCCAUCAGGUCAUGCACCUUUUCUCGGACAGGGGAACCCCAUACUCCUAUCGGUUCAUGAACGGCUAUUCCGGCCACACUCACAAGUUCGUGAAGCCCGAUGGUAGUUUCGUCUACGUCCAGAUCCACCUGAAGACGGAUCAAGGAAGCAAGACCCUAACAAACGCGGAGGCGGGCAAGCUCGCCUCUGACAACCCCGACUUUGCCACUCAGGACCUGUUUGAGGCCAUCCAGAGGGGUGAAAACCCGAGCUGGACAGUCUACGUACAGACCUUGACACCGGAGCAAGCCGAGAAGUUCAAGUGGAAUAUCUUCGACCUGACCAAGGUCUGGCCUCAAGCCGAGGUGCCGCUCCGGCGCUUCGGCAAGCUGACCCUCAACAAGAACGUAGAGAACUACUUCGCCGAGAUCGAGCAGGUCGCCUUCUCGCCGUCGCACCUCGUCCCGGGCGUCGAGCCAUCGGCGGAUCCGGUGCUACAGUCGCGCCUAUUCUCAUACCCGGACACGCACCGGCACCGGCUUGGCGUCAACUAUCAGCAGAUCCCCGUGAACGCGCCGCUGCGGGCCUUCAAUCCCUUCCAGCGCGACGGCGCCAUGUCGGUGAACGGCAACUAUGGCGCGAACCCGAACUACCCGAGCAGCUACCGGCAGCUGACGUACCGCCCCGUGAAGGUGACGAACGCGCACGAGAAGUGGACCGGCGUCGCCGUCCACGACCUCUUCGGCGAGGUGGGACCUGAGGACUACGAGCAGGCCAACGGCCUGUGGAAGGUCCUCGGCCGUACCCCGGGCCAGCAGGACAACUUCAUCAACAACGUCGCCGUCCACCUCUGCGACGCCCACCGCGACACCCGAGCCCGCACCUACGCCAUGUUCUCCCGCGUCAACCUCGAACUCGGCGCCGCCAUCCAGACCGCCACCGAGAAGAACGUCAAGGAGACACCCAACUGAGGAGAUGGCACGAAACAAAAAGAAAUGUUCAAAAGAAAUAUCAGGAGCGGAUUGUAAGCGACAGGGAGGAAAGCUUUGGCCUGGGGACGCGCGUCGGACUAGCUUACGAUACAAAGUAUGCAAGAACGAGUCUACAAAAAUUAUUUUUUUGCGUGAAUCUAGUUGUCGUAGGCAUGUAACUGAGUUAGAAACUUGUCGUCUGUUAUUCCCCAAGUAUAUAUAUGUGUGUCCAUCGGCAUCCGCACCAUCAUGGCGUAACGACUUAACUCCCUCGCACGUACCUACUG